UUAGCCAUAUUUAUCCACUCUUCCUCUCUGCUCCUCUCUUCCUCCUCGUCUAAGUUCAGUCGUCAUGUCGAGAGGAACGGACCGGCUUCUGAGGAGCCUGAAGCAAUUCGCGGACCUUCAGUACAAGCUAUUCACGCGUCGCUAUGGCCAACAGUUAAUAGACAUCUUCGACUUCCCAAUAAAGGUUGUUCUCUCCCCUUUCACGCUUGCUUUCGACAUUGCUGGCUCUGCUCCACGCGGGUUCGGCGUGCCUGAGUUCAUCUCCAAGCUCUCAUAUUCUGCAAUCUUUGCUGUGGCUACUCUUGGGACUUAUGAUAUUGCAUUAGAGCUUGGAAAAAAGGUGUUAUGUCAAAGAAAUUGUGGGACCUGCAAUGGAUGGCAAGCAUUGCAGUGUACCAUGUGCAAAGGCCUGGGGAAAGUGCAAUACCAAGUGAAAAAUUACACCUUGAAAAGUGGAGAGAAGGCAACAGCUAAAAGUGUUGCAGAUGCCAUUGCUGAGAAUAGAGCUGAAUUAGUGCACCUUCCCUCCAGCAUGGAUCUUCAUUUAGCGCUGCCAUCAAAAGACUGCCCAAGUUGUGAUGGAUCGGGAGUGAUGCGGUGUCCUGAAUGCAAAGAUAAAUUACAAAUAAGGAUAUCAGCAGAUGAUAUCAUGGUGCCUCCAUGGCAAGCCUACAAUAUCAUCAGCAAGAUGGAUUAUCCAUAUGAGCAUAUUGUCCACAGCAUGAGGGACCCUAGCAUUGCCGCAUUUUGGUUGAUUACUAUGCCUGAAAUUGUUGGAGGAUUCACCUUUGAUGAUGAAGUCAAGAAGAAAAUUUGGUGGCAGUACAAGGAAUCUAUGCAGUAUGAUCAACUCCGGAAUGUGGUUGCCAAGAGAAAACCUGGGUGGGAGUACUUACAAGAAGCCCUGAUCUCUAUAGAUCCUGUUCGUGCUAGGGAUGAUCCAGUUGUGGUGAAGAACAUCCCUUACUACAAAGCCAAGAAGGCACUGGAGGCAGAAGUAAUGAAGCUCGAUCCUCCACCUCGACCAGAAAAUUGGAGUGAGUUGAACCUUCCACUAAAUGCGUCAGCUUGGAGUGAGGAAGACCUGAAAGAUCCCAAGAAGUUGUAUGAGAUGACAGUUCUUCUUAAUGCACAAAGAGAAAUUGCUGAUAAGAUCUUGGAUGCACAGUGGGAAACAAAGUGGCGUCAAGAAAAGUUGAAUGAGAUGUUGGAAGAGAAGGUGCGGCCAUACAUUCAGAACAUGGAAAAUAGUGUUGUUCCACCGCCUAUAGUAAUGCAAUCUCCAGAGAAUCAGGAUGGCAAGAGAAAAAAUCGGCGAAGGAGAUGGUGGUUAUUCUGAUGGUUACAGCUGAAUGCUCGAAGCAUUUAGGGUAUUUCUCCACUGCCAUGCCGACAUUUUUUGCUUUAUUUCAGAAGCUAUUGUUCAUUUCUGCAUCUUUAAGAGGCUGCUGGCUCUUUGUUCGGAAUUCUCUUUCAUUUUUCUGAUGAUAGGAAGUAACCUGCAACUACUAGCCUUCGAGUUAUACUUUUCACCUUCAAUUUGUUUAGUUCUUGGCUGUUUCUUUUCCUUUUUCUUGCUUUUAUGCUGUGUUUGGGGCUGGCAUUUCUGGAAGGGGAACAAGUAUUCUUAAAUGCUUCAUGAAAAAUGAAUGUAAUACAAGUAAUUUUCUUUCCUAUUCGUUGAAAAAUUCUAGUUUUCAACAUGGCCUUGGCCGAAAUUAGGUAAUGACAUUAUGUGUAAUGGUUUCUUAUUUUUGUAGAAAUAUACAUUACUUGAUUCA